GUACUGUAUAAAUAUUGCCUAACGUAUGCCGGAAUAUCUUCUUUGAUCGCGUCUAAAUAUUCGUGCGCCCAGUACUUGCUUAUGUCAUUGAAACGUGUGGAAUGAAAACAAAGAACCGACUGAAAGCAGACGAAAGGAAAGGAGAGAGAUCAUGGACGUAAAUUUGUUUAUUCAACAAAUUCAGGAAGUUUCUCUUCAAUCUACCAAUGUUUACAUUGCUAUUGCAAUUGUCCUUGUAACUUCAUUGUUGUUGUGGGUGGUUGUGAGAAGUAGCGUUUCAGGAGAUACGAUAUUGCUGCUAGGUCUAUGUGAUUCGGGAAAAACAUUACUCUUUUCACUGCUGACUACCAAAAAAAUUAUUGCUACACAAACUUCGAUAAAAGAAAACAAAGGAAAAUGUGUAGCCAUCUCUGGAAAGGUUGGAAAAUCCUGGAAUGUUGUGGAUGUUCCUGGUCAUGAAAGAGUACGUGCAAAGCAUUUGCAUCAAAAUAAAGAUAGAGCAAGGGGUGUGAUAUUUUUGAUUGAUAGUGUCAAUUUUCCAAGAGAGAUCAGAGAUGUAGCUGAGUACAUAUACGACAUAAUGGUCAUUAGAACAAUGCAGAAGAACAAAGCUUCGAUACUAAUAGCUUGCAAUAAACAAGACAUGACCACUGCCAAAUCAUGUAACGUUAUAAAAGUACAGUUGGAAAAAGAAUUGAAUAAUUUGCGUCAAACUCGAUCAGCCGCUCUUUUGGGUAUCGAUGACUACUCUUCUAGUAAAAAUGCAUUUAUUGGCAAGCAAGGCAAAGAUUUUGAAUUCGCACAUGUACAUCCGAUCAAAGUGGAUUUUUGCGAGUGUAGUUUAAAAGAUGAACAUGGUGAAAAAUCAAACCUGGAUGAAAUUCAAGCAUGGCUCAGUGCUUUAUAAUUGAUAUCUAAAAUAUAUUGAGAAAUUUAGAACUUUUAUUUAUGGCGAACCGUCUGUUUUUUUUAAUUGAAUCUUCUUUUUUACAAAUGAUAAAAGAAUAUGGACGGAAAUAUGUUGACUAUAUAAGAUAAUUCUUUUCACGAAAACAAA